GGAAGAAUAUAACUGCUACAACAAGCGUUGUCGACUUUGAACAAUUUUUACACGCUUACAGGGAGAAGUGGAGAAUCCCACACAUCUCGUGAUGAUGUGAAACCAAACGAUUAAUCGUUUUGGUCAGUUGUAAGCAAAAAAUUAGCUCUCUUAGCGCUAAGUGGCUUUCUGUUUGCUAGCUAAGCUCUGUAAAUGCACGCGAGCUUUCUGAGCUUGGAUGAGUUUUGGAGGACUGAUACAUCAACAGGUGGAUUUUUCGAUGGCUACUAAAGGUUGGCAGCAUCCUUAUGUCAACAUUUUCAAACAUGCCAGGCUAGAAGACUGGAGACGGUCGGCAAAGGAGGGGGAUGUGUCGUCGUGCUCGAACAAGACACUGAAGUGUACAGUAUUCAAGAUCAGGGGUCCUGUUCCUGCCAACAGCUACAUCCUGAUACCGAAAAACAGCAGCCAGUCUCUGGGGCUGACAGGACGCUACUUCUACCUUCUCUUCAAGCCUACACCUGGAAAAUACUUCGUGGUUCAUAUGGAUGUUGCUGCAGAGGAGGGUCAGGUGAUCCGUAUCUCCUUCUCCAACAUGUUUAAAGAGUUUAAGUCCACGGCUACCUGGCUUCAGUUUCCUUUCCUGUGUGGAGCUGCAAAGGACUCAGUCUAUGAGAGCACAGCCAAAUCUGCAAGACAUGGUUUAGUGGGUCCAGCUCCCUCUUCAGUGCGUUGGACAUGUCUGAUGUUGGAUCUUGAAUACAUACUGUCCGUCUACCUCAACCGCUGCUACAGUCACCUAAAGAGCAUCAAACUCUGUGCCAACAUGGCAGUGAAAAACAUGUUUACCAGUGACCUGCUGCUAGAUCCAGGAGUUACCUUCAGUGAAGCCAAGCUGAUGGGUCUAUCUUCUUCCCAGGGAACUGGUCCAAUUCCCAGAGAAAUGUCAUUCCCUGUGCCAAAGGGAGGCUCCUGGCAUGACUUUUAUGAUUACAUCAGGUUUCCAUCCAAGGGAACAAAGUUACCCUUUGACUCUAUUCAAAAAGACGAUUCCAGGCUUGAGUCUACAUGUAUCUCCAAAAGUAGAAGCCCUGCUAGAACAGAGUCCUGCAGUGUCGAUCUCAGCAAAUCUGUUCAAGGCCGUGUGUCCCUCAUCCAGCAGAUCACCACUCCCAAAUCACUCCCAAGAAACCAAACCCCUCUGGUGACUGGCAUCCCUGAGCUGGGUGUAGUUUCGAUUCAUGAGGACCAGGAAUGGCUUUGUCAUAAUGGUGAUGAUGAGCAUCAGCAAGAGACCACAUGCUAUAAUUCUCAUCAUCUCAAGUCUCAGCCCUCCUGUGAUGCUGAUGCCGAGGGAGUUCAUGUGUACGUACAUGCGGAGGAUGACGUGGAGGAGGAGAGUGAGGAAGAGCCAGUCUACACUCCUGUUCCACAUCCUGUACACAUAUCUUCAUCAAAAGAUGCCAGAAAGCAGCUGAAGCUGCUCCCAGACCCAAUUCUCAGGCUAAAUCGAAUCAUCGGCUUUGGGGGAACAACGACCAAAUGUGCCCUGUGGACUAAAUCUGGAGAUGCUGUGGUGUAUCCGUGUCAUGCAGUCAUUGUCUCUUUGACAAUAUCCUCAAACCAGCAGAGGUUUUUCAUCGGCCACACUGAUAAGGUUUCUUCGCUGGCUUUUAAUGGCAACACAACGCUGCUGGCUUCGGCACAAACUGGCAACCACAGUGUGGUCCGAGUAUGGAACUACCACAAAGGAAGCUGCCUGGCCAUGUUUAGGACUCAUGCUCAUUCAUUUUCAUCUCUGAGCUUCUCAUACAGCGGCGGAAUUCUCUGUGGAGUGGGAAAGGACAGACAUAAUAAAACAAUGGUUGUGGUGUGGAACACUGUGAAUGUUAAUAAAGCUGGAGAGGUGACUGUCCUCGCCAAAGCACACACAGAUGUGGACAUCCACACCAUCAAGGUUGCCUUCUUUGAUGAAACAAGGAUGGUGUCAUGUGGUCGUGAUAAUAUUCGUCUGUGGAGAGUGCGAAAUGGGACAUUGCGUUCCUGUCCAGUCAGCCUAGGUGAAUACCACUCCAUGGACUUUACAGAUGUGACCUUUGAGGAGGGGAGCUGGAAUCUUGAUGAGCGAACACUAUUCGCCAGCAGUCGAAGCGGCCAUAUCUUUGAGAUUGACUACGGUAGAGUUGUUGUCAGAAAUGUGAGGAGGCUACUGCCUGCUCAGCAGCAGCAUGCAAACCGCAGGGAGAAAUGGACUUUUAACACUGGUCCAGGCAUUGCCAUCAACAGCAUCAGUGUGUCCUCUUCAUUCUGCGCCACUGGGUCUGAAGAUGGCUUCCUGCGUCUCUGGCCCCUGAACUUCUCUGCCGUUUUCCUUGAGGCUGAGCAUGAGGGGCCUGUUAGCAUGGUGUCAGUCUCGUCAGACAGCCUUCAAGUCUUGGCAGCUACAGCUACUGGAAACCUGGGAUUCCUGGAUGUGAGAAGCAGAGGAUACAGCACACUGAUGAGGUCACAUACAGACACUGUGCUUGGCUUUAGUGUGGAUAGCAUCCAUCGACAUCUGACUACAGCCUCUUCUGAUGGCACAGUUCGCAUUUGGAAUAUGGAUUCCUUACAGCAGCUGUAUGAUUUUGUGUCGGAGGAUAGUCCCUGCUCAGUGGCCUUCCAUCCCAGUGACCAGGUCUUCUCCUGCGGCUUCAGCUCUGGCAUCGUCAGAGUCUUUGACAUAUCCAGCGCAAAGCUGUUAGCUGAACACAACCAGCACAGAGGUCAAAUAGUGGGUCUUGCUUUCUCUCCGGAUGGUGAGUUUAUGUACAGUGCUGACUCUCAGGGCUCUCUGGCACUUUACAGCGCUUCUGAGGAUGAACACCAUGUUAUCAGAGUUGCCUGUAAUGUGGUGGCAAGAGGCACUGAGCGUGCUCCUGAUGCCCUCUCAGUGAGCAGUGACAGCUGCUGUCUGGCUUUUGUCGGCCCCUCUCAGUACAUCGUCACCAUUGCAGACUCUCAGUCUCUCGAUGAGUUGCUCCACAUAGAUGUGAGUAUUCUGGAUGUUGACAGUCCCCAUGUUGAUUCUGCGCUGAAGGUUUGCUUCUCUCCAGCUUCCACUGAACACUUACUGGUUGCCAUAUCCUCGAAUAAGAUCCUCUGGAUUAACAGCAAGACAGGUCGGCUGCUACGACAGGUGUCUAAGGUACAUAAACAUGAAUGCUCAUCCCUGGCUGUGAGCGAGGACGCCCGGUUCCUGCUGACCGCAGGACACAAUGCUGUGAAAGUCUGGGAUUAUAACAUGCAGCUUGACGUAAACUCACAGAUGUUCAUCGGCCACAGUCAGCCCAUUCAUCAGGUGAGCUUCACCACUGACCAACUUGGUGUUGUCUCUGUGGGAGACGCCAUCUUCCUGUGGGACUUUCUGGCACAUCCUGUGGCUGAAAGAAGUUCAUCUCCUAGAGUGCGCUCCAUCCCAGUUCCUAAAUCAGUUCAACCAGAAGUUGAGGAGAGUACAGUACAGACAUGUAAUGGGAUGCCUCGACAGACAGCACCCCUCCCCUCCUCCCCUCCACCACUGCUGGACGUCAGUAAUAUAGACAAUGUGAACGAGGCAGGUUUGUGCUCCUUAUCUAUUUGUGAUGAAGCCCCAAAGAUCCCAGCUGUUUCAGCCCCAGACUCCGGGUCAGGCCCUUCUUCUGACCCCACAUCUGCUGGGUGCUUCCUCAGGGUUACAGAACUCAUCGACCCAGCUCCUCUGAAUAUCAGUCUAAAAGAUGUUGUCAAGAUGAGCGAGAAGAAGCCAGUUCGCCCUGAUUGCUACCGCCACUUUGUCCCCCGUUUUAAGACCUCCACUCUUGACCAGGCUGCCAUUGCACCUAAACCAAGCCAGGAGGACAUAAAGCUGAAGGCAGUGAUCGGCUACAAUGGCAAUGGACGUGGAAACAUGGUGUGGAGCCCUGACCAAGGUCUGUUUGCAUAUUCCUGCGGCUGUUUGGUAGUGGUGGAGUACCUACAUACAGGAGGUCAGAGACACUUGCAGGGCCAUACUGAGGAGAUCUCUUGUCUUGCUGUCACAAAUGAUGCUCAGACGCUUGCCUCAGCAUCAGGAGGCAGUAACAAUAGCAGGAGCCUUAUUUGCAUUUGGGACGUCCAGAAUGGAACUUGCCGUAAAACCAUCUCCUACCACAAGGGGGCAGUGCAGAGUCUGGCUUUCUCCAGAGACGAUCGUUUCUUCCUCUCUGUUGGAGAUUUCUCUGACCCCGAGGUGGCUCUGUGGAGCUGUAAGAACUUCCAGCUGCUGUCCAGAGUGACGGCUACAGGUCCGAUCCAUGACACAGCCUUCAGCCCCUCAACAGCCAGCCAGAUGGCCUGUGUUGGCAGCCAAGGGGUUUAUUUCUGCCUCAUGCACACCCAAGGCACUGAUGUAGACCUGAAGGUGCAAAGGGUGAAAGCACCAGCUGAGGUGGGUGACGUGGAGCUGACGGCUCUGUGCUACCACAUGGACUCCUUCCUGUUCACUGCAACCAAUCGAGGACAUGUUUGUGUCUGGGAUGUUACCACACAGUGCUGCAUCAUGACAUGGGAGGCUGAUGAGGGCGAGAUUGGUGUUCUGCUGUGUCGAGGAAGCCAUCUGUUGACAGGCAGCAACACCCGCUGGUUACGACUGUGGGAGGUUGGAGCUGUUUUUUGUGUAAAGCCUCGGGAAAAGGUCUGCAAUAGAGAAGACAGUGGGACGAUGGUGGUGUUGGAGCAAGAGAUCAUGCUGGAUGGGACGACAGUCAGUGCAGGGUUUGAUAACUCAAUGGACAUGGGCAUUGUUGGCACCACAGCGGGAACUCUCUGGUACAUUAACUGGUCUGAUAACACCAGCACCAGGCUGGUCAGCGGACACAAAACCAAGGUGAACGACGUGGCGUUCAGCUCUGAUGAGACACAUUUUGCUACUUGCAGCGAGGAUGGCAGUGUGAGGGUUUGGUCGGCUCUCAGCAACGAGCUGGUGGUGCAGUUCCAGGUGCUCAACCAGGCCUGUGGAUGUAUUUGCUGGAGCCCGUCAUUCAUUAAAGAAAGCACAUGUGUGGCUGCAGGAUACAGCGAUGGCACCCUGAGGAUCUUCAGACUUGCCUCCUCUGAGAUGGAGCUGAAACUGCAACCCCAUAAUGUGGCUGUUACUGCUGUCCAGUACUCUGCUAAUGGUCAUGUGAUCAUCUCAGCGGGGAAGAACGGUCUGGUAGUUGUCAGCAGCCCUGUGAAUGGAGCGACGGUUCGUGUGUUCAGGGACCACAAAGGAGCAAUGGUUACCUCCAUCCAGUGUGUGACUGAACAGUGUAAGAAAUUCGGACUGGAGGGAAAUGAGAUGUGGAUUGCUGCCAGCGAUGACAGACGUGUAAGCGUGUGGGCUGCCGAUUGGAUGAAGGACAAGUGUGAUCUGCUGGACUGGCUGACAUUUCCUGCUCCAGCCUAUUUAGGGGAUGACAACCCACCUCCAAGCCUGGCUGCCUUCUGCCCCACAGACCCCAGUCUGGUAGUCUACACUGGCUACGGAGUGGAGAAAGAGUUGUCCUUCUACAGCUUGGGCAAAAAACAGGUAAUAAAAAAGAUUGCCUUGCCUCACUGGGCAACAUGCUUCAGCCUCUCCAGUAAGAGGCAACUCAUAGCUGUGGGAUCAAAUGAGAGUGUGUUGAAGUUGAUUGAGUCGACAAGUGGUAGAUUCCAGGACUUUAUGCAGCACAGCGACUCACUGCAGACGUGUCACUUCUCUCCCUCUGGGAAUUUUCUCUUCACUGUUGCUCAUAAUGAGAUCCUGCUGUGGGAAGUGCAGGGCCUCUGAGGGCCUCACACUGUUAACUUUCAAUCUUGUUGGUUUUUUCACUUUCACAUGUGCCUGCUUUUUACUGUUACUCUAUUUAAUUUAAUUGAGCUGUGUAUAUAUAUUUUUUUUUGGUAACACUUUAUUUGAAGGGGAAUCCGUAAGGCUGACAUUAAACUGUCAUUAUCAUGACAUGACACCUGUCACUGACAUGAAGGAGGUUGUGAGAGGCACAUGGCUACAGACCUCAAUGGUGGGAAGUUUUAAGCUCAUCUGUUGCAGACCUCUACAACAGGACAACCUCAGCCAUGUAGCGGCAAUUGACAUCCUAACCCUUGUUGGGUUUUUCCUUAGUUUGUGGUGUUUUAUUUUUAAUUUAGUUCCCCUCACCCUAACCUUUAGGGUUUGGGUGGCUAACCCCAACCCUCUUUGGGGUUUCCUUAUUUUGUGGCAUGUUAAAUUUAAUUUAAUCCCCAUCAGUAAAUUUUUUUGAUUUUUAGUCAUAAAAUUCUGCCGCUGUGAAAAUAGCCAGUUACCAGAACUUCUGACUGCUGGCAUAAAAUAUACGCUUUAGAAAUGCGUGUCACUUGUGUUCCAUGGUCGAGGUUUUCCCAAUAAAGAGGUCUGCAGCCAAACACCCCACCAUAGAGGUCUGCAGCCAGAUCCUCUUGGAGGCUUUAUGAACUUUAUCAGUGUUGUCAUUAAGUGUAAGCAUACCCACUUCUACACACACCACUGCACUGGACAUCCACCACUGGACAUCCAAAAUCAAGAGUGGAAGUUUUGUGUGUACCUUGGACUCUAUCUGGUGCCCUGCAGAUUUUUUCCUUUCCUGGAGAGCCACACAAGUAAAGACUGGAUCUUACCCCACUCUCCCCUGUCGUUUCCAGUCUUUGUGCUAGGCUAAGACAGCUGGCUACGCCAUUACCUUACUGUACAAAGAAGCAAAAAGGAUCAGGCAGUGUUGAGUUUGCAUUAAAGUUGACAUGAUUGACUGAAUGAAAUUUAAUGACGUCAUUCAUAAAGCCUCCUUCAUGUGACAGGUGUCAUGAUUAUGACAGUGUCAUGUCUGUCGGUGUCAUGUCACAGUGUUAGUCUCAUGCAUAUCCCUUCAAAUAAAGUCUUACUGAUAAUUUUUUCAAAUUAUUUUCUUUAUUAAAAGUUUCUUUUUGACUUACACUUUAUCCAAUAUUUUAGGACAUAUUUCAGAUGCCUUUUUUUGCUUUUAUUUUAGAUAUUUUGUCAAAAGAUUUUAAGGAUUUUUUGCCUACACUUCUGAUGUUAAACUGAUUUACUUGUUUUAUUACUGUAAGUUUGAAGUUGUACAAAUACAGCUGUUUUUAAUGGAAGGUGAAACUGGUUUUGUCAACUGCUUUGAGAUCAAAUGAGUAUUAUUUUAAAAACAGAAUUCAAAAUCACAUCCAUAAAGUAAGAUGUCUACAACAAUAAAACACAGGAUGAAACAGGAACAGGUACACUGUUCAUUUAGCACGACUGCUUGAGUUUCUAUAUUGAUUGACACUCAGCCUAGUUACUGUCUCUGUAUCCCUCCCCUGUCAGGAAUAUUUUUCAUCAUUUCACCAUUUUAUUGUUCAGAAAUGGGAAUAACCAGUAAUGCAAACGUGGCUGCUCAUAGUUCAGGUCAAGGUUUUUCCUCAUGGAAGUCAAAGUUGAGGCAAAGACAUUUUAGAGAAACUCUACUGUAUGUAUUUAUGGAAAAGGGAAAUGGUGCUAUGUAGAAUAAAAUACGC